AUGUUGAAAAUAAAUAUUAAAUUUAUAGUUUUUCAUUAUUUCGUUCUUGUGUUUGGCGACGAUUACGAAAAUGAUGAUAAACUGUAUAUGCUGGUAUCGCCCGAUCAACAUCAACGAACACCUCGCCUGGAAGAUUUCUUUUGGACGGGAUCAGGAGACGGACCGCCGCCACCACCAGACCCCCCUCUGCCAGUUCCAGUGCAGCCAUCCACUCCAGAAGUGCGGACUACUACCGUUCUCGCUACUGUCUACUUGGAUUCUUAUCCGCCACAAGCGGUAACAGACAGGUCAACGGGCGAGUGUGUGCUUAACUGUGGGGAACCUGGGGUACCAGGCAGCCUCGAACCAGAAAUCCCUGAGGACCGAAGGUACUGGCUGCUUACUGUCAUACAGGGAUCCACUCCAGAUAGCCUGCAAUUGAGACUCGCAAGGUUGUAUCAGAAGGCUUUCUUGAGACAGCAAGAACGUCAUCUGGGUAUUAUAAAAUCUCUAGAUGCACCGCCAGCUAGAAAGAAACACGAGGUUCAUUCAUUUAUUGUUAACAGAGAUAAUGGUCCUGUAAGCCCUCAAAGUUCCAACACUCCCUUCCGUUAUUUAGAUAUCCAUAGUUCUAUGGUAACUCUUGUGUCGGUACCUAGUACCUUAAUUGCCAAUGAAGAGUCUAGUAGGCUUGUAUUGAAUUCUUCCAAUGAUUUUGGUUAUCCAGCAAGUGUAGAAAUGUUCUCAAUAGACAAAGAUACUACAUUAGUAAAUGCAGAGAUCACAGCUACCAAACUAAAUGAAGUUGAGUCUUGGAUUCUGGCUACACCUUCUAUUAUUCUUCGUAAGCGAGACGUUACUGAUAGAGAAGAACUUGAGGAGAUUCACGAAGAUUUGAUCGAUAUACCCUUGGAGUCUGAAGGAAUUGAGUCAAAUGACACCCAGUUGUACAAAAGAGAAAUAUUAAAUCCAGAGCAACAACCGCCUGUUCAAGUUCAUAUACAAAACAUAACAGAGUCCCCAGAAACAGGCAGUGUUCAAAUAGUCUAUGUGGUAUUAGUGGGAGGGAGAGCAGUUCCAGCAGCAGUAGCUGCAAGAGACAUGAGGCUUGUGAGAGAUGCAGAGGUUGCUAGAGAGUUGGGUGCCGUUGUUACUACAAAGGCUGAGCCAGCCUACUUGAAGACGGCUGAAGGCUUGGAAGGCGAGGCUGGAGGAGGGGUACACGGCACUGAAUUAUGGGCACUCGCAGUAGGCGCUACUAUCGCUAUACUCCUACUAUUAGUGUUAUUGGCGUUACUUUGUUUUGCUCACAGGAAAAAGAGCAUGAAAUCCGCAGCCUCUCUCCGAGCAUAUAGAGAUGAACUAAUGAGAGAGGCGGAGAGGAACCAACUGAAGCAGGUGCAUGAGGAAAAAGAUGGGAAGCUGAUCAGCGUUGUGUCUCCGAGCAGAACGAGACCAAGUAGCAGUCUCUUGCCUAUAUACAGAGCAGCCAGUGCAGGUUCCAGCUCGUCAACCACGUCUUCUGGAGUAUCGGAGGUCGCAACAGCAUUCCGUCGAAGACAGAAAAAACCUCACGCACUAAGAAUGCCCCAAAAAAAGAGAGUGGGUACCACGGAUAGUUUGCUUGAAGCAGCCGGUUUGGACAGCUCUGAUAGUGGACAGCCUUCCAUACCGCAGACGCCGACUUCUUAUCUCUCCAUGCCUUCAGUCAAUGCUUUCCCCAGAGGGAAUGUAGUAGAGCCGUUAUCCAGAAUCCUCGAACCUGUGUUAGUCCGUCACCUCGACAUUGACUCGCCAGCUAGUUCGCCAAAGAAGGGCAAGCAGGAACCAAGUAAGAAUAAAGAUGUGGUCCCUCGAAGACAGAUGGCAUCCCAGCUGGUCAGGCUGGGCAGUAUAGAUAAGGAUCCUGGAGUCAUAGGACCCUUGGUUUGGGAUCUACAUUGCCAGAGAAUUAAAGAUGCGUCGAAGCCGCCCAGUCCAACCAAGUCUACAUCAUCAGCUCGCAAAGAAGCUGGUCCGUCUCGAAUGAGGCAGCGGUUCAACGAGUUGAUGGACGACGCGUUUACACUGUUCGGUAGCGUUGGCUCUAGUCCAAAUUCACACGACACUUAUACAGUGGACAACGAAAGAGAUUCUAGGGAUAAAAAGCAAGUUACUGUUGCAGGUUCAAGCGAGCAUCUAGCGCAAGCGCGCAACGACAACGUACGCCUUCCAGGAUCGCCCUACACUGCCUUGGAUACUUUGCGGGGAAGGUCAGCCGGACCCGGGCCUAGUCGCGUGUCGGGUGCGGCAGAAGGGCCGGCGGAGGCGGCGCGGCCGCGCACGGCGCACAGCCGGCCCGCGCCCGAGCGCCGCCGCCCGCCGCCCGCCCGCGCCUGGGCCGCCGCGCCUCCGCAGUCCCUAGGUGCGAGGCCCGCAGUCAACCCGGCGCUCAUCCUGACUGAGGGUCGACUGGCCGCAGAGGACCCGGCCCUCCCCCUCAUAUCGGCCAUCAAGACUGAGAUUCAGCGCAUCAGAGAAACUGCCCACAAGCCUAAUACUUGA